UUUCCCGCUUUUGAAUAAAAAAAUAGAAAUCCACAAAAAUCUCCUCUGUUUAUCCUCUACUUCUCUCUCGAAGAAGGUAGCAGAGGCAGAGGACUCCCAACGGUGUUGUGUUUUCCGGGUUCGAGCUCCGUUUUCGAAAGUGUAAAAUGGUGUAGUGAACUCUAACUACUGUCAGCUUCCAGUUCUUAAAAAGCUUUGCGCUAAAGCAAUUAAUGGCCAUCGGCGGAUUGAUUUCGAACCGGAAUUUCCGUUCGUUUAUAGGCUCAGGUAAAGUUCAUCAAAAGGAAGAAGCUCUUUCACGUCAUGGAUGUGAGAGAUUAAGUGUCGCUGUUGCAUCAAAUCCACAGAGGACUAUGUUCCAACGGAAGUUCUGUGGUCGGAUGGCAUGUAGUGGUGUUGUAUCUGGACACAGAUACUGCUUAUUUCCCUUCGGUGCUGGCAACGCAGAUGAGAAAACUGUGAAACGUGCGCAAGCUUUGCAUGGUGUGUCCAUGAAGUCUAGUCAAAUGUGUUGCAGAAAAACUAGUAGAUGCUAUGAGCAUUAUCUUUCUCGAAGUUCCACCUCUAAUUGUAGGCUUCAACCAAGUGUGAACCACAAGCUUGCUUUGAGCAAUGGGCAAAGACAACCAGGUGCACAUACUAAGGUGAACAGGACACGUGCAUAUUAUAAGUCUGAGGACUAUGACAUAAUUGAGGCAAAUGUUGACUCCUUGCAGUCUUCAGAUGGAUCAGCUGAGGCUGUUUUAGUAGGAAAUGUGCAGGAAAAAUCUGCAUGGUGGCAGCAGUUUCCGAAGCGGUGGGUGAUUGUGCUACUCUGUUUUGCAGCAUUUCUAUUAUGCAACAUGGAUCGAGUAAAUAUGAGCAUCGCAAUACUUCCAAUGUCGAAAGAGUUUAAUUGGAACAGUGCAACAGUUGGUUUAAUUCAAUCCUCUUUUUUCUGGGGUUAUCUACUCACACAGAUUGUUGGCGGCAUAUGGGCAGAUAAGAUUGGUGGGAAGCUAGUUUUAGGAUUUGGGGUCGUCUGGUGGUCAGUUGCUACAGUUUUGACACCUAUUGCUGCACAAAUCGGACUUCCAUUUUUGCUUGUUAUGCGUGCUUUUAUGGGCAUUGGGGAGGGUGUCGCCAUGCCUGCUAUGAAUAACAUACUCUCUAAGUGGAUUCCUGUAUCUGAAAGAAGCAGAUCACUUUCACUAGUAUAUAGUGGCAUGCAUCUUGGUUCUGUUACUGGCUUGGCUGCCUCUCCCAUUCUAAUCCACAAGUUUGGGUGGCCAUCGGUCUUCUACUCUUUUGGUUCUCUUGGAAGCAUUUGGUUUGCAUUAUGGCUGUUAAAAGCCCAUAGUUCACCUAAAGAAGACCCAGAGCUUAGUGCAGAAGAGAAAAAACUAAUCUUAGGUGGCGGAACUUCAAAGGAACCUGUUACAGUCAUUCCUUGGAAAUUAAUAUUAUCAAAAGCACCUGUCUGGGCCCUUAUAAUCUCUCAUUUUUGCCAUAAUUGGGGAACUUUUAUACUUUUGACCUGGAUGCCGACAUAUUACAAUCAGGUUUUGAAGUUCAACCUCACCGAAUCAGGUCUACUCUGUGUCUUGCCUUGGUUGACCAUGGCUGUUUUUGCGAAUAUUGGAGGUUGGAUAGCAGACAGUCUUGUAAGCAGAGGUCUUUCAAUAACAGCAGUUCGUAAGAUCAUGCAAUCAAUCGGGUUUUUGGGCCCAGCUUUCUUUCUUUCACAGUUGAGCCAUGUCAGGACUCCUGCUAUGGCAGUGCUAUGCAUGGCAUGCAGUCAGGGAUCUGAUGCAUUCUCACAAUCCGGUCUUUAUUCCAAUCACCAAGAUAUCGGCCCACGUUAUGCUGGAGUUUUGCUAGGAUUAUCAAAUACAGCAGGUGUGCUUGCUGGUGUCUUUGGUACAGCUGCAACAGGCUAUAUACUCCAAAGAGGUUCUUGGGAUGACGUGUUCAAAGUGGCGGUUGUGUUAUAUAUUAUAGGCACGUUAAUCUGGAAUUUGUUUUCCACUGGAGAGAAAGUCCUCGACUAGAAAAGUGCAGGAAUACAAGGGAAGAAAUGCAGUUGGCCUACUAAUCCAAAAACAGAGCAAAUUAUAAUGGAAGGAGUAUCACGGAGCCACGUGGGUGUGUAUAUAUAUAUAUAUGAGCUACACAUGUCGAGGGUGAAAUUUGGAACCCUGCUGAAAAUGGCUAAGAUGCCACCAUUGAAGUUUUUCGACAACUUGUCAGGGCCUUUAAUUUGCUCCCAACAACUUUUCAAGAAAAUUUCUUACAGGUUCUGCUGUUCAUUUCAUUUUACAUGUUUCAGUAGUACUCGGGUGGGUAAUUUGCAACCUAGAAGACUUGCCUUUCCCCCCUCUAGUGCUGCAAGUGUAUGCUCUCCCUCUACCAAAAUUGCAAACAAAACUCUGGUAUCUUAAUUUACGUGAAUGUGAUUAUAAGUUCGAGCUCAUAA